UGCAGCGGAGGUGGCGGCGCGGGCAGGUCGGAGCUCGGAGCUGCUGCUUCUGGUUCUCUGGUGGCCGCGCUCGCUGUCCGGCUGCCUUGGGCUGCCACGCAGACGAGGCGCGGACCGCAGCACCUCAGAAGUCGACGCAGCUCGACGCAGGGCCCGGCGGGAGGGUGGGCGAUCGCGUGUUGGAGGGCGCCGCGCGGGCAGGCGGGCGGACGCCGGAGGGGGAAAGAGGCGGGGGCGGCGGGUCAGCCGCGGGCCGGGCCGGCCGGGGGAUGUCGAUGCCUGACGCGAUGCCGCUGCCCGGGGUCGGGGAGGAGCUGAAGCAGGCCAAGGAGAUCGAGGACGCCGAGAAGUACUCCUUCAUGGCCACCGUCACCAAGGCGCCCAAGAAGCAAAUCCAGUUUGCUGAUGACAUGCAGGAGUUCACCAAAUUCCCCACCAAAACUGGCCGAAGAUCUUUGUCUCGCUCCAUCUCACAGUCCUCUACUGAUAGCUACAGUUCAGCUGCAUCCUACACAGAUAGCUCUGAUGAUGAGGUUUCUCCCCGAGAGAAGCAGCAAACCAACUCCAAGGGUAGCAGCAAUUUCUGUGUGAAGAACAUCAAGCAGGCAGAAUUUGGACGCCGGGAGAUUGAGAUUGCAGAGCAAGACAUGUCUGCUCUGAUUUCACUCAGGAAACGUGCUCAGGGGGAGAAGCCCUUGGCUGGUGCUAAAAUAGUGGGCUGUACACAUAUCACGGCCCAGACAGCGGUGUUGAUUGAGACACUCUGUGCCCUGGGGGCUCAGUGCCGCUGGUCUGCUUGUAACAUCUACUCAACUCAGAAUGAAGUGGCUGCAGCACUGGCUGAGGCUGGAGUUGCAGUGUUCGCUUGGAAGGGCGAGUCAGAAGAUGACUUCUGGUGGUGUAUUGACCGCUGUGUGAACAUGGAUGGGUGGCAGGCCAACAUGAUCCUGGAUGAUGGGGGAGACUUAACCCACUGGGUUUAUAAGAAGUAUCCAAACGUGUUUAAGAAGAUCCGAGGCAUUGUGGAAGAGAGCGUGACUGGUGUUCACAGGUUAUAUCAGCUCUCCAAAGCUGGGAAGCUCUGUGUUCCAGCCAUGAACGUCAAUGAUUCUGUUACCAAACAGAAGUUUGAUAACUUGUACUGCUGCCGAGAAUCCAUUUUGGAUGGCCUGAAGAGGACCACAGAUGUGAUGUUUGGUGGGAAACAAGUGGUGGUGUGUGGCUAUGGUGAGGUAGGUAAGGGCUGCUGUGCUGCUCUGAAGGCUCUUGGAGCAAUUGUCUACAUUACGGAAAUCGACCCCAUCUGUGCUCUGCAGGCCUGCAUGGAUGGGUUCAGGGUGGUAAAGCUAAAUGAAGUCAUCCGGCAAGUCGAUGUCGUAAUAACUUGCACAGGAAAUAAGAAUGUAGUGACACGGGAGCACUUGGAUCGCAUGAAAAACAGUUGUAUUGUAUGCAAUAUGGGCCACUCCAACACGGAAAUCGAUGUGACCAGCCUCCGCACUCCGGAGCUGACAUGGGAGCGAGUACGUUCUCAGGUGGACCAUGUCAUUUGGCCAGAUGGCAAACGAGUUGUCCUCCUGGCAGAGGGUCGUCUACUCAAUUUGAGCUGCUCCACAGUUCCCACCUUUGUUCUGUCCAUCACAGCCACAACACAGGCUUUGGCACUGAUAGAACUCUAUAAUGCACCUGAAGGACGAUACAAGCAGGAUGUGUACUUGCUUCCUAAGAAAAUGGAUGAAUAUGUUGCCAGCUUGCACCUGCCAUCAUUUGAUGCCCACCUUACAGAGCUGACAGAUGACCAAGCAAAAUAUCUGGGACUCAACAAAAACGGGCCAUUCAAACCUAAUUAUUACAGGUAA